AGAUGCCUGUGUAUAGCUUUUCCUUUACUUGUCAAACAAAUCAUAACGCCAAAAAGAACUAUCAUAAUUUUGGUUUUCAUAUAUUGUUUUAUCGCUAUGACCGUUGUCCCACUGUAUGGUACAAUCUACAUAGACUGGAAGUUUCACCCAGGGAAAAACAGAACCGUUAUCGGGAUAGUUUUCAGAAGACACAAGGAUAUUGUCAUCCCUACAACUUAUUUUGUCCAAGCUAUUAUUGGAGUACUAGCCUUCAUUGCUGUUGUCGUGCUGACAUUAAUUCUAAUUUGUAAACUAAGACAGAAAAACAAAUGGCGAAUAUCUGCGAGCUUACAAAAGGAAACGCUUGACUCGAUAAGUCGACGAAACCGAGCAACGGUCAAAAUUGUCGCACUAAUUGCAAGUGUAUUAAUUAUUUGCUAUAUUCCAUCUGUGUGUUUAUGUCUAACGACCUUCAUAGAGCCGGAAUUCACGGAAGGCGGAAAAUAUUACAAUAUUUACACAAGUUUUUGGUCUGUUGCCAUGAUGAUGGAGACCAUCAAUUCAAGCGUGAAUAUUUUCUUUUAUAUUAGAAUGAGUACAAAGUAUAGACAGAAGUUCACUGAAUUGUUCUCACCUUGUUUUAAAAACGCGAACAAAAUUGUAGAAUAA